AAGCUGGACAUCAACGGGGACGGCAUGGUCACCCUGGACGAGUUUAUGGAGAUCUGCACGACGGACGAGACCAUCGCCAACUCCCUCACCAUCCUGGACACGAGCUUCUGACAUGAGGCCCCCAGCUCCUCCCUCCUCGCACCCGUCACCACCCAGCAGGACCUCAACUGCAACAUGUAGAGGCGCGUCCCGGGGGCCCCCGCCGCCGGGCCGGAGGGGCCAUGUAUGGCCCAGGGUGGAGGCCGUGACGCCGAGGCCGCGAUGGAGGCCACGCUGGGGGCCACGGGUGUUGCAACGGCAGUUAUGGCGCAGGAGGAAGGUGGCGCUUGCAAGUUGCAAGCAGUUGGCUUGCAGGUUGAAAUGGAAGGUGUGACGAUGGAAGGGAGCCGUGC